AUGUCGCCCUCCGUCAAGUAUGUGCUGCUUCUCUCCACCCCUCUCCACCGCUCUCCACAGCUCUCGACUCCGCUCUCCACUCGCUCUCCACUCUCCACCGCUCUUUACCGCUCUCCACCGCUCUCCACCCCGCUCUCCAACGCUCCCAACCGCUCUCCACUGCUCUCCACCAACUCUUCCUCUCUCUCCACUUUCUCAUACCGCCAUGUGCUGUUUCUCUUUGGCAACGUGUAUGGGCGUGUUGAGGUGGCACGGGCGAACCACUCGCGGAUCGACUCAAUGGACGUGCUCGUGAAGGCAACAAACCAACCCGGAGCCAUAGUGGUGAUGCUGUCGGGGGACGGACCCAACCUCAUUCGCAGCAACGUGGUCAUCUCAAAUAACAACGUCCGCACGGAGGGCACCAUCGGGCAGGGCGCCGCUGUGGGCAUCAUGCUCUAUCGGGGAGCCGUGGGAGUGGACGUCAUAGGCAAUCGCAUAUCGCACUUCUCCCUCGCCAGCCUGCAGCUGGGGUGGGGACAGAGCAACGUGGGAGACGCAAUGCUCGCCCUGGUCACCAAGAACGACAUUAUUCACGGCUUCGGGCAGCUCGGGGACAGCGCGGGUAUCUACCUCGACACGCACUGGGUAAACCCCGGGAAUAUCCUCCGGUGCAACUACGUGCAGCGGGGCGGGCACUGCCUGUAUCUCGACUGGGUGUCGUCGGGAACAGUCGUGGAUGGGCUCGUGUGCGAGCAAACAGCCGAUGGAAUGAAGCUCAACACUGGCAAGAAGUGA